AGCAGCAGCACAGGUGAGUGCGGAGAGAGCACGCGCGGAGCAGCGGCGAGAGGUUCGGUUCGGUUCGGUGCGGCUGAGCGGAGGACACCUAGAUCUGGUUCAGACGGACCUGCUCCAUAUGCCUCCAUGAAUGACCUCUGACCCGUGAAGCCCCGCCCCUCCAGUCCCGUGUAAUCACGCGCUUCCCCUGGCGUCACGAUGGUUUGCCAUGACAACGAGAGCGUGAAGUUCUUCUACGACAUCAGCAAGAAGAAUAUCAGCGAAACGUGGCAGACUAAAGACUUAGUGGUGGUUUCUCUGGGCCUGCUGGUCUGUUCUUUCGUCAUCUUCGCCAACAUCCUGGUCAUGCUGGCCAUCUUCAUGAACCGCAGGUUCCACUACCCCAUCUACUACCUGCUGGGGAACCUGGCGGCGGCCGACCUGUUCGCCGGCGUCUCCUACAUGUACCUGAUGUUCCACACGGGCCCCUGGACCAGCAAGCUCUCCAUCGGUCAGUGGUUUGUGCGGCAGGGUUUGAUCGACACCAGUCUGACGGCAUCGGUCAUUAAUCUGAUGGCCAUCGCGCUGGAGCGCCACCAGACCAUUUUCACCAUGCAGCUGCACAGCAAAAUGACCAACCACCGGGUGGUGCUGCUGAUCAUCGGCAUCUGGCUCAUCGCCAUAGUGCUGGGUUUGGUGCCCUCUAUGGGAUGGAGCUGCGUGUGCAACACCAUGGAGUGCUCAAACAUGGCACCGCUCUACAGCCGCAGCUACCUGGUGUUCUGGGCCGUGCUCAACCUGCUGACCUUCACCAUCAUGGUGGCUGUCUACACGCGCAUCUUCAUCUACGUGCACCGCAAGAGCCACCGCAUGAGCCAGCACACCUCGCAGAUCAAGCACAAGGAGACGGUGGUCAACCUGAUGAAGACCGUCGUCAUGAUCCUGGGUUGUUUCGUGGUGUGUUGGACGCCGGGGCUGGUUCUGCUUCUCCUGGACGGUUCGUGUGAGUCCUGCGACGUCCUGACCUACGAGAAGUUCUUCCUGGUGCUGGCCGAGUGCAACUCCUUCAUGAACCCCAUCAUCUACUCCUACCGCGACAAGGACAUGCGCGACACCUUCAAGCGCAUCCUCUGCUUCCCGUGUGUGGGGUCGCAGCAGGAGGGCGAGCACUCGGGCGCGCACUUCAACACCCUCGAGCAAGAGCGGAGACGGCGCGUGCUGCAGGAGUCAUGGGUUGCUCGUAGGGCUCGUGAUGGAGACGGCGCGCCGGCUAACGGAGGACGGCUCGUGCUGAAGGAGGCGGAGAACAUGCUGGACUCCACUGAGAGCUGAGGGCCCCGCAGCAGCGCUCUGAUUGGCCGAGUCAGCUGUCAGUCACUCUGUGUGUUUAGACCAGCGUCGGAUGAAGAGACCCUGCGCUUGAGCUCGAACUGUGAACCAGUUAGUUGUAAAUAUGGUUUUUAUUUAAAGUCUUGCGUGUUUUUGUGUUGUACUUGAAAACGCACGACUGGCAUCUGAUCAAACAGACAUUAGUUGUGUUUUUAGCAGCACUGCAGUCGUCUGAACCAGCACGGAUGACUUUUCAGAGAAAGCCAAUAUGCAAACACCUUCUUUUAUUUAAACAUUUUAGAAUUAAAAUGAAAUAAAUCAAUGUUGUGUAGUUGAAUAAACCUUGCUUCAAGUUUUUCCAA